AUGCAGCUCAACCGCAGCAUCACGUCGGCGAGGCCCGGGGCCAGGACCGCGGCGGCCCGCAGCGUGCGCGUCGCCGCAUCUGCCCGGCCGCUCUGGCUGCCCAACGUGACGCCGCCGGCCUACCUGAACGGCAACCUUGCGGGCGACUUUGGCUUUGACCCCCUCGGCCUGGGCGCCGACCCCGAGCGGCUCAAGUGGUGA